UUCCUGUUAGUUGACAGAUGUCAGCUCAGUCGCACUUUUGUCGGUGUUUUGGAGGGUUUGUCUUGUCUAGAAUGGCAUUCGCCUAGAUGUUGUCUACGAUUACAGCGUAUAGCUCAGCUGUUCUCAAAAAGUAAACUAGAAAAACGGUGCUGGCUCUUUAAACGUGUCGCACGCUGCGGCUUCAGAGCAUGCGUAGGGAGACGGAGCAUCAGCCCCUUGUGAAAAACAACAACAAUCACUACAGCAGGGCUAGCAGAUCAGCGAUGGCUCCGUGAAACCCAACUGGUCUGCCUUUAAUCACUGUACAAAUUUAAGCCCGACUGCUGCUAUUUCUACAGGAGCUUUAUAGAUCGAUGGUGCCGAGCCCAUGAACUUGGCCAGUCAAAGCGGGGAUGCUGGCGGAAGCCAGCUCCUCUUCGCCAACUUCAACCAGGACAACACGUCCUUAGCUGUUGGUACCAAGUCGGGAUACAAGUUUUUCUCUCUGUCAUCUGUGGACAAGUUGGAGCAGAUUUAUGAAUGUACGGACACAGAGGAUGUGUGUAUUGUGGAGCGCCUGUUCUCCAGCAGCCUGGUGGCCAUCGUCAGCCUGAAGGCUCCCAGGAAGCUCAAAGUCUGUCACUUCAAGAAGGGAACCGAGAUCUGCAACUACUCUUACUCCAACACCAUACUGGCUGUCAAGCUCAACAGACAGAGGCUGAUUGUGUGUCUUGAGGAGUCGCUGUACAUCCACAACAUCAGAGACAUGAAAGUGCUGCACACCAUCAGAGAGACCCCACCCAACCCUUCAGGAUUGUGCGCCCUGUCCAUCAGCAACGACAACUGUUACCUGGCAUAUCCAGGCAGUGCCACGAUAGGAGAGGUCCAAGUGUUCGACACAGUCAACCUGAGAGCGGCUAACAUGAUCCCAGCCCACGACAGCCCCUUAGCUGCUCUGGCUUUUGACGCCAGUGGAACCAAACUGGCCACAGCCUCGGAGAAGGGCACGGUGAUUCGUGUCUUCUCCAUCCCAGAGGGACAGAAACUCUUUGAGUUUCGACGAGGAGUCAAGAGGUGUGUGAGUAUCUGCUCAUUGGCGUUCAGUAUGGAAGGCCUGUACCUGUCGGCCUCCAGCAACACAGAGACGGUCCACAUUUUCAAACUAGAGACGCAGAAGGAGAAGUAUGUGCCAGCGGAGGAGCCCACCACUUGGGGAGGGUACCUGGGCAAGGUCCUGAUGGCGUCCACCACCUACCUGCCGGCCCAGGUCACAGAAAUGUUCACUCAGGGCCGAGCCUUCGCCACCGUACGACUGCCCUUCUGCGGACACAAGAACAUCUGCGCCUUAGCUGUGAUCCAGAAGAUUCCCAGGUUGUUAGUAGCAGCAGCUGAUGGCUACCUGUAUCUGUACAACCUGGAUCCUCAAGAGGGAGGGGAAUGCACACUUAUGAAACAGCACAGGUUAGACGGCAGCGCUGAGCCGCCUAAUGAAAUCCUGGAGCAGGGGUCACAUGAUCGCCCACUCGUGGCCCAAACCUACAGUGCUGCUGUCACUAAAGGUUACUGCGAAGAGCAAGGUGCCGUGGGAGGGGCGGGGCUCGAGGAUGACCUUAACGACUUGCGCUUGGAGGAGGAGAACGAGCAGCCACCGCUCAUCCUGGAGACUGACUGACGGACGGCUGCACCCACCAAUCAGAGGGCUCCUCUGGUGCUGCUAUGAACAUGUGACACAGCGUGGGGGGCGGGAGGGGCAGGAUUAAAGACGGGGGGGUGUAUUUAAACGCUCGUGCGUUGAAGAGCCUGUCAGUCUGUCUGUGCGUUUGUCUGUUCACAUACUUGUCUGUUUUCUCCCUCCCUCCUCCCUCCUUUUGCUCCCCCCUCAACCCCCCCCUCCCUCCCUUGGCUUGCCUGCGCAGGCAAGACUGAAGCUUUGCAUGUACAUGUGCCAACCGCUAAAACCAUGCUCCAAAGAGCGAGCAUCCGUGAGUGCGCGUCGGGACGUCCUGUCACAAAAAAAAAAGAAGAAAAAAAAAUGUAGCUGUCUCUCCACUUAGACACACACACAGACGCACGCGGUGUGUUCAAGUGACGAUGAAUGUGUAAGUGCCUCUCUGCCCCGCUGUCAUGGUUUCUUCUGUUUGGAGAAUUCCCUCCUCCCAUUGGCUCAAUAAAAUAUGUUUUAAGUUGUCUGAUCUUAAUCUCGGUUGUGAGCCAUCUUUUCUGACCCUCCUCUCUCUCUCUCACACACACAGGCGCACUGUCCUGCGUGGGGUGGACUGUGUGUGUGUGUGUGUAUAUGUGUGUGUGUGUGUGGCAUCAGUCAAAUAAUUUUCUCUUAAAAGAAUGUUUUAGAGGCUUUUGGCAUGAGGCAGAGGUAUUUGCGAGUAAGAGUGUGUGCGUGUGUUUGCGUGUGCUGAGACAUCCGUUGUGUGUGGUGUGUGUGUGCGUGUGUGCGUGUGCUGGGCAUGUACAUUAGCAAAACGUUUAGAAAUAAGCCUACACUUGUCCCCGCUCACUUUAACCCAAUCAAAACAGAGGCUCAGCGGACCUUCCCGCCCCCCCCUCUCUCCCCCUCCUGAGGCCUGCAGUCAUUGGUUGAUUUUUGAACCCCCCCCUCCCGAUAUUACUGAUUCGUAUUUUCUAAUCUGCAUAACCAAUCGUAACCAAUGAUGUGUCAUGCGUAAGAAAACAUGCAUGGUGUUGUUGACGUGUUACUGUGUCCAUACGUUGAAGGCACUCGGCUGGUGGUGAUGGCGAUCAGUCCCAAUCAGACAGGAAGUCGGCUCAGACAGGAAGGAAGGGGUCAGCGUUGCAGCAACAAGCCUUCAGCUGCAUCCCUGAGAGUCCUCCUCCUCCUCAACCUUAUCUAUACUCUGUACAUUAGUAGUUGUGGCAAGAUAUCUUAUCACUGUACCAUACUGUCAGGUCAUAACCAUGGAUUCAAGACUUUAGAAACCCUGUGCAUAGUGAGUCAUUGGCCACCGAGUGAACUGUGGGCUUUCAUUUGGUUCGUCUGGAGCUCAGGCUGAGCCUCAUCACCUGGUCCAGAGCGCUGCAUGAUUCCCCGUGAUCCUUUGGUGUCUGAGGCUAAAGCCGCUAAAGAAGGUAGUGUCGAGGGAAAUUUGGAGUGUAAGGCAUUUUCUAAUGAUUUUGUAUAAAAAUGUGAAACGUUAAUCUGAAACUAAAAUGAAAAUAAAAUCCAUGUUGAUGUA